AUGUCUGCCUAUCAACAACAACAAUCACAAUCAUCUCAAAAUGGCGGUCAAUUGACACCAAAUACACAAAUGCAACAAGGAAUAUUAUACCCAAUGUUCAAUCAAGUAGGAAUGAACAUCCAACAUGCUGCUUCUCAACAAGGUCUAUCCAUGGAUGCAGGAUCAAGUUCACAGCCAAUGAUGGCAUUCCAAUCAGGACCACACGCUCAACACUUUGCUGCUGCAAAUGGUCAUAUGCAAGUCAAUCCUUUCAUCUCCAACGUAAAUAUGUCCGAAUACCCUGCUUCCUUUAUGGGAUUCGGUGGACAGAUGUACGUGGGCGAUAGUGGAGAAUAUGAUGAUUCGAUGGGCUUGGAUGAUGACAGCGCAGAUUGGAUGGAGUUGAGCGAUGAUCCAGUCAUUCAAGCAAAAUUGCGUAUCGUUCAACAAGCACAACAAGCUGCAAGUGAAGGAAAUACGGGAAUCUUUUCGUGCCCUUACUGCGACAAACAAUACGCAGGUAAACACGCACGAAGCAUUUGGCGAAGACAUUUGCAGGACAAGCAUUUCAUUCCGCUCAGUCAACAGCCACGUAGAACACGAUGGGAUGGCAAUGCAAACAGACCAAAGAAUGCAGAAGAACGUCGUGAACGAAUGCUGGAAAGUAAGAGAAGAUGGGCACGUAAAAGACGUCUUCAAGACAAAGCCGCUUCUGGAAACGGUGAUGUUACAGGAGAUGCGUCCACAAAUGCAGGAAGCCCUGAAGAUGGAUCAAAGAGUGAUGCUGAAACAGAGGCUGCCACUGGACUUGCUAAUGAAGAAGUCAUGUCAAGGAACUCACCCGCCCUAGAAAAGCAAAAGUUUGCCAUGGCAAACACUGUGAUGCCUAAUCCAAAGAAACGAACAAUGUCUGGCAAUGGUGAAAAGAAGCCUCGAGGAAUGCAGACUCUCAAGUUCCAUCAUCACAUGACGACAACGUCAAUGCCACAUUAUGCAGAUAACCAUAAUGCUCCCUCGUCUGGCGCGAUCACAGCAGUAUGGCCAGCUAUCAACGGAGCCAAAGCACAUAUGAAUGGUGGAGCUUCUUCACGCAAUUUCUCAAAGCAUGCUUCGAUGCCAAUAAUACCACCGCAAUCAACAACGGCCAUGUUUUCUACCGUCACAUCUCCACGUCAACCUUUAGCAGAAGUGAACCGUGAUUCAAAGCUCAGACGGCUUUCGUUUGUUGAUUCUAAUCAAAUCAAGUCUCGAAGCAAGAAGAAGGGCUCUAAUGCCGGACUUAAGGGCCAAGAGGAGAUGAUUGAAGCAGGUGGUCUGGAAACACAAGCGCACAAUUAUCCGAUGAAGUCAACGCCGGUCAAUCGCUAUAGUACGCUUUAUCCAACACCACCAUCAGUGGGCGAUGACCGAUCUCUGGUAGCUCAGGUAUUUGGUGGAAAUGGCGAAAGAAUCCAAAAUGGUAAUGUAGCAGGAUUGUUAUCUCCUCCUGCUUCACAAAGGACAUUGGAAAGCAGUCCAUCUUUCGUGUCUUCCGCAACAAAGAAUGGCACAUACAAUGGUAGCAUCUCCAACCGUCAUAGUGCAAGCUCGAUGCUGUCACCUGUCUCGUCCAGUCGUAGAGUGCAUCAAAGUCCAGCUAGCAAUCCAUUCUCUCUUGAUCGUCAUAAGAUUAGUCCUUCGACAAGCAACGCACAAAGAACAAAAGAUGCAGCUCUGGAAGCACCAGCAUCAUCCUCCCGGCUUUCUAGUGCGCUCGGAAAAGAUAUCAAGAUUGAACAAAAUCAAGAUGAGAACCGUCUUUCUCCAUUACAAACGAGAGUGGACCUCAGUCAUUCUGGUAAAGAUGGCUAUGAUGUGCUGAAUGGAUCGUCACCAGUAAUGAAAAGUCGCCGAUUACCACCAUUGGUCAAAACUCCUUUACGUUCUGCGCUGUUGGACGGUGUACCUACGCCAGCGAAUGGCACAAGUAUGGCCAUGCCUUCACUAGCUUCGGCCUCUGUCCAGAGAAUCACACGUGGAAAAGCAGCUGCUAAUGGAUUGACUGGUGCUACACCUUCGUUAAAGGGAAUGUCUGCCACAACACCUACUCAGCAUGAUCGAAUGAUGGGUUCAGCCAACAUCUUGGGUCUUACACCGUUUGAUGUUCGCAAUAGUAGUAAAUACAGCGCUACACGGUCACAGUUGUUCUCUCGUGCUUCUCCUUUGAAACGGGAUGCAAACGGUAAAGGCAAUGAUCAAUUCUCUUCGCCUCAACAUCUCAACCUGACACAGUCUCUUGGUUUGGCACCACAUUCGACCGGAAAAGGAACUUCCUUGUUGACUUCAUUGACGGGAACUCCAUUUGCUGGCAAUACGUUCAUGUCUAUGAACAGUCCAUGGCCAGACAGCAUCUUGCGUCCUUCGUUCCGUACCAGUGCAAGCAAACGUGGUGGUGCAGGAUUUAAUGGAGAUGAUGAUGAAGAGGGUGGCAUGGAUGCAUUGGAUACGCCAGCAGCAGCUCGUCUUCUCGAUAAUAGUGAUGAGGUGGAUGAAGAUGAUGGACAGAUGGGCAUGCAAGAAACUCCAAGUAGACCUGAUAAGAACAAGAGAUUGGCAUCAUCCAUGCUUGGAAGUCCAACAUCCGCAAGUCAACAACGUAGCGUGACCAGAUCACAACAAGGAAGCGCACAGAAGAAUGGAUUAUUGCAAAGCAAUGGAAAAGGUAGCAGUGCUGGUCGAUCUCAACGUUCGCAAGUCAGUCGAAGGACGAGUGAUCAUCAACCGCCUUUGCCUGUGUUGAGCUUUAAGCUGUCCAGUCCUGCGCCAUUACUAGAAACAUCCGAUGAAGAGGAAGAGCAUGGUCAUCAGAACAAGAGAAGGCGUGGAUCCUUGCAAGAUUCUUUUGAUUCUGAACUGAUGCGAAAGGAGCCGGGUUCACCAACUACAGACCUUUCCACUUCUUCCGUCUCUUCUUUACGCGGUGAUAUACGUGAUGAAGAUAAUGUCGAGGACAGUAUCUGA